UGUUUCGCUUCGCUGGUGUUGUGCUGUGCGGUGUGUGUAGGGUCUCUGGCUGUCGCGCUUCUUCUCCAACGGACAGACUAUUGUCUUGGGGAACUGAUCUAGCCUGUGAUGUAGUUUGUCUUCGUCAGAUUCUGUUCUCGGCCUCACACAACAACACAUAUCUACCAGCUUUCGGUAUUGCGGACUACUCCUCGAAGGCGAGAUGAACGGCGCAGCAUUCCCCUCGCCCACCGCCGAGAUGGCCGAGAUCAACCGCAUCCACUACGACCUGGAGUACACCGAGGGCAUCAGCCAGCGCAUGCGGGUCCCCGAGAUGCUCAAGGUGGCCCCCUACGCCUCAGAGGACCCGGACAAGGGGCUCCUGGAUGGGCCUGCUCACAGCGUCAUGAUGCACGUACCCGAGAGGAUCGUGGUGGCAGGCGACUCGGAUGACGUCCACAUCCCCCGACCGCGAGACCUGGACCUCAUCCAGUCCACGCCGCUGGAGGGGGUGUCCCUGAAGACUCCCCCCAGGGUGCUCACCCUCAGCGAGCGGCCCCUGGACUUCUUAGAAGAGACGGAGCGCUACAGCACGGCGUCCAGCCAGCCCCCAGAGGAGGUGCGAUCACAAGGCCGCCUCCACAGAGAGCGUUCUGCCAGUGAGAACACAGCCACACGCCAAAACGGUCAGCUGAGCCGCAAUGACUCCACUGUGAGCCCGUCUCCCCCUGCGGCGGCGCCCCCUGCUGCUGCUGCCGCUGCCCGUGGUGGUGGUGGUGGUGGUGGUGGCGGAGGCGUGGUGGCCCUGGCGGCCCCAGAGGAGGCCCCGUGGCCCAGCUCCCCCGCCGGCCUGCUCUCCUUCCUGCAGAGCAGCACGCGCCGCGCCUACCAGCACGUCAUGGAGGUCCUCGACGAGAACCACACCAGCAAGCCUGUGCUGAGAGGAGGCUCUUCCUCUUCCAAUCCUGCACAUGACCCCAGGUAUGCCCUUGCCACGUUGGACACAACAUUGGAAGGGGGAGCAGACGACAUGGCCGUAGUUGAUGCCACAACACUCCGCCGACAGAUCAUCAAGCUGAACCGCAGGCUACAGCUGUUGGAGGACGAGAAUAAAGAGCGUGUGAAGAGGGAGAAGAUCAUGUACUCCAUCACUGUGGCGUUCUGGCUCAUCAACACCUGGGUCUGGUUCCGGCGUUAGUACUGGUCCCCACUUGUCAGUCCGCCCGCCCGCCCUGCCCCUUAGGUCAUCCAAGCCGCCCCUGUGGAAGGAACCGAGAGCUGGAGGAAGCCAAGCCAUUGCCUGCAUUCUCUCUGUUUGCCAAAUGUACUCUCUCUCUCUCUCUCUCUCUCUCUCUCUCUCUCUCUCUCUCUCUCUCUCUCUCUCUCUCUCUCUCUCUCUCUCUCUCUCUCGCUGUGCUGUCGUCAGCUGUAGCUGAGAAGCCUUGGUAGGGGAACAGUGUGUGUAGGUAAAGGAACAUUUGUAUUCAUUUUUUGAUUUAUUUUUGUAUUUGUAUCAUUUUGCCAUACCUCUGGAACUUGUAAAUGUGCUUUUAUUUUUAUAUCGCUGCAUGUUUUUUGUUCUGUUUUGUUGUAUUUUGUUGUUGUUUUUUUCUGAAUGUUUUUAUGUCCAUCCUGCUGUUAGUACAAUAGUACAGAAAUGAUGCAAGGUUGAGGGGCCUGUACAUAUUCCCUCUCAGUUGUCUGAGAGAUCCUGGUUGUAUUUAUUAUUUCUAGGAUGAUCACUUUCGGCACAUUGAAGCUAAGAGUGUUCAUAUAUUGUAAACAGAAUAUAGGACUUCCAUUGUGAAUGCAUAUUUAAAAGAUACCAUUGUAUAACACCCUCAUGAUGCAUCUCGCCCUCAUGUUUACUAGUGCAUAAGUAAGAAUCAUACAGUUAAUUUGAUUUACGCGUCUUUGUUUAAUCUCCGCAUCAAAGACCUGUGAUGAUGCACGCACACACAUAAGACCAUCCAGAUCAUCCAGCUUCCUCCAUUGAAUUAUGAUGGAAUUUCAAUCAUUCCCUUCAAAUCAGAUGAAUAAAUGUAUACUUAUUUUCUUGGUACGGCCAAUAAAAAUAUUAUCACAUAAACAAAUUGAUUUAAAUAAAAUAUAUCGAUGG